AUGUGUGUGUCUAAGUCACAAGUUGUCUUGGAUGAGGAAUUCGAAGAUCCUAACCAGAUGACGAUUCGAUGUCCCUGUGGAAGCUCAUCACAAACUGAACCAAUAAUUCAGUGUGAAGAUAGAAGAUGCCGCGCAUGGCAACAUGUAGAUUGUGUCAUUAUUCCAGAAAAGCCUGUCGAGGGAGUUGCUCAGCAAAAUACUCCUGAAACUUUUUAUUGUGAAUUGUGCAGAUUGAGUCGUGCAGACCCAUUCUGGGAGAUGAUUGAUAACCCUUUAUAUCCUGUGAAGUUUGGUUUUACUAGUGCUCCAGCAGAUGGCAUAAACAUUGAACAGAGGAUUGAAAAAACAUUCCAACUCGGUAGAGCCAGCAGAUACCUAUUGGCAAAACAGGAAUAUGAUCUUCAGGCUUGGUGCAUGCUUCUGAAUGACAAGGUACAAUUUAGGAUGCAAUGGCCUCAGAAUGUUGAUUUGCAGGUCAACGGAGUUCCAGUGAAUUGCAUAGAUAGAAGUGGCUCACAAUUGUUGGGUGUAAAUGGCCGCGAUGACGGUGCAAUAAUCACACGUUGCUUCAGAGAUGGAAUUAACAAAAUAUCAUUAACCGGAUGUGAUGCUCGUGCAUUUUGCGUAGGGGUUAGACUUGUAGAGCGACGUACUAUCCAACAGGUUCUAAACAUGAUCCCUAAGGAGGCUGAUGGUGAGAUAUAUGAAGAUGCUCUUGCUCGCGUUUGUCGUUGCAUUGGUGGUCGUACAAUAACUGAAAAUGCUGACAAUGACUGUGACCUUGAAGCUGUCGUUGCUGAUUUUGUUCCUGUCAAUCUUCGAUGCCCUCUAAGUGGUUCAAGAAUGAAAAUUGCUGGAAGAUUCAAACCUUGUUUACAUAUGGGCUGCUUUGAUCUUCAAGUAUUUAUUGAAAUGAAUCAAAAGUCUAGGAAGGCAAGCAUCUUUAUACUAUGUUUUUCGGUUGGGCACACAGAGCGGGCCUUGCUAAAUCAAGCCCAUGCCCGCAUAAGUGGAGGUCGCUUAAGCGAUGCCAGGGCCAAGCUGGCCAGGCUUGCUAACGUGAUGCCCUGGCAACUAAAGCGAUGCCCGCUUAAGCGAGCCAAGGCUGCUAAGUGGUUGCCGCCUGACUAG